CGAUUGUUACAUUUGCACGUGACAAAACACGGAACUCACUGCUGUGUUCCUGGAUGCUGAGGUUUCACAUUUUUAAAGUCAAAGCUUACUGUAUGCAAAUGACUUUGGAAAGAGUUAUUGACCGGAUAGUUUGUACGUCGCGAAGGUUUGGGAUCUGAGCGAAGAAUGGCGGAGAACUGGGCCGAGAGGAUCUCUGCUUUCUCCCACAGUCCGUCUCGCUUCCUCUCCGGGACGACAGCCGAGGCUUUCCUCGCAGAGCUGCUCCGCGAGCUCCGAGAUGACAGAGCCAGUUACUGUGUCAAGGUCCUCCUGUUGUCCCCGCUGUGUGAGCACCCGACUCUGCUGUGUCCCUCGGACUCUGUGGGCGAGGAGACGGCCCUGGAGCUUAUGUCGGUGUUGGACCAGUGUCCUCCCAAGUCCGUCCAGUUCCGCUGUCACCUCCUCCUGGCCCUCACCGCCGUGCUGGUCUGCACCUCCUGCGUGAGCCUCCGCUCCCGUGCGUUCCAGGACUUCCUGGACCUGCUCCUUCAGAUGGCCCAGGACACCGGGGACCUCCAAGGGGACGGCGCUCUUCGCUCUCUCCGGGCCACAGCUUGCAACUGCCUGCGGGAGCUGGAGGCCUGCUCUCCGGGCCUUCUCUCCCAGCGCCUCGAGCUCUUGGGUGGGCUCCGGCAGCGAGAGACCUCCCGGCUCCACCAGGCCUACGCGGGACUCCACGCUCUGGUGUUGAGGAACGCCGUGUAUCGGCUCACCCAGGACGCGGGAGCUAGUGCCGAGCACCUCAAGGCUCUCCUGGGAGGACACACAUCAGUGGCGUGGGAGGCAGAGCUGGACUCGGGCCCGAUGAGCGACAAAGACUCCUCAGCCAUACUGUCGUCUCUUGUCCUGGGACCAAUGGGCACCGUGCCGACCCUCCAGACCGGGCCCGACUGUAAGGAGCUGCGUUCGGUCCUGUCCUCCCUCCUGGAGGAGUCCUACCUCCUCACUCCUCUGUGCCAGGCUGCACUGCUGCACAGACUGACGGAGGUGGUUGCCAUGGUGCCUGGUGUCCCUCCGGCCGUAUUCAGAGCUCAGCUGCUGCGACUGCUGGGCACGAGCGAGGUGUGCCUCCUUCACAGCACGCUGCUGUUGAAGUCUGCGUUCACUGACAGCCUGUUCAGCGCUGAGGACGAAGCUUUCAUCCUCCAGCGGCUGGUCGUGCUCUCCCAGCACCCGCUGCUGAGUGUGCCCGAGAAGCUCUUCUACACGGACUGCCUCCUGCACUUCCCCGAGAACCGGCCCAUCGGCUGCGGUGGCGACGGCGACGAAAGCCUCCCCGUGCUGCUGACCCCGCGGCUGGCCUCGGCCCUGGCGCCCACCGUGUUCAACGACAGUGCCACAGGGCUGGCCCGCUUCAACCUGCUGUCUCUGGUCUACCUGGAGGAGGCGGAGGAGGGGGAGGAGAGCGGGGGGCUGGCCUACCUCUACCAGCACCUCACCGCGCUGCUGCGCGUCGUGGCCAACGGGGGCAGCCGGCAGGUCGUCGUCACCUUCUUCAGAGCCGCCUUCCUCUUCCUGUCCUACUUCUGCCAUGUGGAGCGCUACUGUCGCAGCCUGACGGAGGAGCUGUGCGAGCUCUACCUCCGCCACACCCACCUGGCCCCGCACGUCAUCAACCUGGCCGACCAGGUCCAGGACAAGCUCGCAGAGUCCGACUGGGCGGUGGGGAUCUUGAGGGCCCUCCAGGGGGUCAUCGCCGAAGCCCCGCCCACUCGUCUCACCUUGCGGGACCUGAGCUGGCACCUCAAGACUCUGGCCCGCGUGGCGGAGGAGGGAGAGAUCCCCCAGCACAGCACCGUCCGCUUCCUGUCCAGUGUCACCGCUCCGUCUACCUCCUCUCCGUGCGCCAGCGGCGACUGGCGCCUGGGGAACGGCCUGCUGGGGGUUUGCCGCCGCCUCCUCGUCCACCCCAGCCUGGACUCGCUGCUCAUCCCUCUGGCCGACGUCCUGCAGCAUCUCACCCGCCGCUAUGGCGACACGGACAUCCGGGACCACGCCCGCCUCUACUACACCCUCCUGACCACUCUGUCCCGGGAGAAGCUGGCCGGGGUUCUGGCGCAGGGUUCCGCCGAGGGAGGGCGGCAGGUCAAGAAGCGAUCGCUGUCCUGCAUCAUGGCAGAGAGCGAGGGCUUGGCGAGCGCGCUGACCAUCCACCAGACGGAGAAGUUGAUAUUCCGGCUGAUCGAGGCCCGUUCUGAGCCUCAGGGAGAAACACAAACUGACGAAGUGAGCGACCUAAACCUGAAUGAGACUUUCCCGGCAGAGGCGAACGCAGCUCUGGAAGAAUACAGAGCUCAGUUCGACGUCCCCGGCUUCGCCUCAGAAGUCACCCUAAACUACCAGCUGACUCACAUCGACGGCGACUCCCGCUUCGAUCAGCUCUUCAGCAUCCGCCUCCACUUCAGCCUCACGGACGACCACUACGAGGAGCUGGGCGACAUCAGCGUCCCGCGUCUGCUCAGAGGCAGGCCGUCGCCCGAGGUCCGGCUGACACUGAAGCCCAGGUGGCCCUACCCCACGACUCUCCACACCAGCGCUGUCUUCACCACACAGGACGGCCUCUCCUGGUUCACCGUCCUGCCGCACAUCCACGUGGCCUUCUGGCAGGCCUUCGCGCCUCUUCCCGCUCCCCCGGGCUGGGGGCGCGGCGGCAGACUGGGCCUGUUCCAGGGUCUGUGGGAUGAAAUGAGCGCAGAGGAACAGGAUGACUGUGCUACCAGCCUGUUGUGCUGCCAGCUGAAGGAGGUGGCUCUCACCGCCUUGGUGGAGAAACACUUCCUCCCGUACCUCAUAUCAGACCUGACCGACGCAGACGAGUUCAAAGUGCUGUUCUUCCUCCCGCCGCGGUCUCACGUGCUGCUGAAGAUCAGACCGGGGGACCCCGUGCACUUCAACGUCGCCACAGAUAACUGGCAGCUUCUGCGUCACCUAAACUCUUAUCUCCUGACAAUCACGAAACAGACCGGACCAGACCAGGAACAGACCGGACUGUGAUGCAGCCGACUCGCUCACCUUUUAAAAAAUAAAUUAUUUUAAAAGCACAUUUUUAAAUAACAAAAUCAUUAACUUUUUUGUCACACUUUAUUAACUUCAAUUGCACUUGAAAUUAAAUUGCUCAAAAUAAAGUUAUUGCAUUUUAAUUGUCUUGACCCAAAAUUAAACAAAUGUGUGAAAUAUGUUAAGUCAGAAGAAGCUCAUUGGUUGCAGACAAAAGACUUAAUUGAUUUUCUUUCAUCAUACACACGACUCACUUCCUGCGGUUGGGUUCACGCUGUUCUGCUGGUCUACAGUUGUUGGUGGUAACAUGAAGCACAGAGAUGUAAACAAUGAACAAUUCAUUUAAAGAGCAAACACAGCUGAGCUGUACAUGCUUUUAUCAUGUUGGUUGAGCAUCCUCAGCGUUCUGGUGACGAACACUGAAUUUAAACUCCACAGUGCAGCUUUACAUGACAUGUUUGUUAGACAACCAAUAAACGACGCUAAACGGUUUCAAAUCUUUAUUAUUUCUUCAUUAGUGUCCAUGCACAGGCCUGCCAGCGUAGCUCCAUUUAGUAUUUAUAUUUAUAGAGAACGAACCCUGAAGUUGAGACAAUGCAUUCAACUUCACCAAUCACUGUGUAUAAAAAUGUAAACUUGUAGUAAUACAUUGCACACUGUGUGACAGUACAGACAUCUGGUCAGUUUAGAAUUUUGGGGUGUUUUGCUUCCAUCACGUCUUCUUUCAGACUCGUGGAAAGAAAACGCAUGAAAGUGUUUUUAUUUUACUUUAUUUGCAUCUGUAGAUUUUUCCUAAAUGAACUGAAAGUUAUCAGAUAAUGCCUCAUCGUCAUAAAAUCUCACAAAACAAAAAUCAAUCUUAAUGAAAGUAAUCAACUGUGGAGGUUCCAUGAUAUGUUAGUUCAAUGUUUAACCAUAUUCACCAAUAGUAAAAUGUCUGUAAGUUUACAAAACAUCUUUAAAGGCGGUUUCCUCAAAAUUAUUUUUUCCUCAGACUCAGAGCCAAACACCAAACUUUACACUUUCAUUCCUCUCCAUGUUCUGAGCCUGAAUUACACAUUUAUUACUAAAAAUGUUUUUUGAAUGUCUGUUGAGUAUUUUCUGAUUCAUGGAGUGAUACAGGAGAGAUGUAGAGAAGUCCCUUCAUAAAAACCUUUGACUCAAACAGGAAUUUUGGAACUGUCUUUAUCCAAUGUUCACAUUUCUGUUCUGUAAAAGUAUGCAAAUUAGCAAAUUUUUAAUUAGAUAAUGCUCUAUUUGCAUAUUUAAAGAUACAAUUUCAGACAGCUUGUAAUACAACAAAUGUCAGCAACCAACUGAUGACAUCAUCAGUUCAGAUGUUACCCUAUUCACCUGUAGCGUCUCUCCUUGAGUCAGUGUAUGAAAGUGACCAACACACUAACAGCUGCUUUGAGAUCAGCGAUCCAUGUACGGAUUUCUGUCCAUUAAGACUGCAGUUUAAAACCCCCGUCCUUCAGGCGCUCCCGUCUGGCCGUGCUUCACUCGGAGAGGCCCCUGAAGUUGGGUUCUGUGUACGGCGGCAGGGCCGUCUGCUGGCGGAGAAGUUUGUCCAUGAUGGCGAUCUCGGCGUCCCUCUUCUCCACCUGGUCCACGGGGGUCCAGGACAUGUCGUGUUGGAGUUUGAACGCGCCGACGAAUGUGUGCGGGCAGCUGGGACCCCAUUCCUUCAG